CUAAUCUCACGAUUUUUUCCACUUGGCAAGAAGCAUUCGACAAAAAUAAACGGUGAUACCGAUUGCAACAUCAAGUCACUGAGCCAUGUCCGCCUUGACUCUUCCACGAGCCCCGGAAGCAGAAAGCCGGCUGGAGACCAGGUUCCAGCUUAUCUGGUUCGCGAAAAUGACAGACAAUUGGCACAAUCUCUUGUUGGCAAACGGUCAGGUGUAAUUUUGUCUGUAGUGGGACCUCCCAUCUCGCCUCAUUUCGAAGACGAUGCUGAUGAUUCGGUGUGGGAAGACAGCCAGUCCGCCUGCUCAGCCAGUGAAGAAGCCGACGUAGUUCCAACAAUUAAAGGCAAUAGAAAACCUGAGGUGAGUAAAUUGCUUCUGCACUUUAUGCUCUUACUUCGACUUGACUGCUUUAUUGGGCCCGUCCUUGUCUCCAGGCGACUGGGUACAGCGCCAAAUUGUAGGACUAAGACUGAGCUCUUCUAA